AUGGGCGCCCCGGCCUGCGCCCUCGCACUGUGCGUGGCCGCGGCGGUUGUGGCGGGCGUCGCCUCGGAGCCCCCGGGCACAGAGCAGCGCGUCGCGCCGAGAGCGGCAGAGGUCCCAGGGCCUGAGCCUGGCCAGCAGGAGCAGCUGGUCUUUGGGAGUGGGGACACCAUGGAGCUGAGCUGUGACCCACCCGGAGGUGGUCCUGUGGGUCCCACGAUUUGGGUCAAGGAUGGCUCGGGACUGGUGUCCUCAGGCCGUGUCCUGGUGGGGCCCCAGCAGCUGCAGGUGCUAAAUGCCUCUCAUGAAGACACUGGGGCCUACAGUUGCCGGCAGCGGCUCACACAGCGCGUGCUGUGCCACUUCAGUGUGCGUGUGACAGAUGCUCCAUCCUCUGGAGACGAUGAAGACGGGGAGGAUGUGGCUGAGGACACAGGUGAGACCAGGGGGGCCCCUUACUGGACUCGGCCAGAGCGGAUGGACAAGAAACUGCUGGCAGUGCCGGCUGCCAACACGGUUCGCUUCCGCUGCCCAGCUGCUGGCAACCCCACUCCUUCCAUCUCCUGGCUGAAGAACGGCAAGGAGUUCCGAGGGGAGCAUCGCAUUGGGGGCAUCAAGCUGCGUCAUCAGCAGUGGAGCCUGGUCAUGGAGAGCGUGGUGCCCUCCGACCGCGGCAACUACACCUGCGUGGUGGAGAACAAGUUUGGCAGCAUCCGGCAGACGUACACUCUGGACGUGCUGGAGCGCUCCCCGCACCGGCCCAUCCUGCAGGCGGGGCUGCCAGCCAACCAGACAGCCGUGCUGGGCAGCGACGUGGAGUUCCACUGCAAGGUGUACAGUGACGCACAGCCCCACAUCCAGUGGCUCAAGCACGUGGAGGUGAAUGGCAGCAAGGUGGGCCCUGACGGCACGCCCUACGUCACCGUGCUCAAGUCCUGGAUCAGUGAGAAUGUGGAGGCGGACGCGCGCCUCCGCCUGGCCAAUGUGUCGGAGAGGGACGGGGGCGAGUACCUCUGUCGAGCCACCAAUUUCAUAGGCGUGGCCGAGAAGGCCUUUUGGCUGCGUGUUCAUGGGCCCCGAGCAGCGGAGGAGGAGCUGGCGGAGGCGGACGAGGCUGGCAGCGUGUAUGCAGGCGUCCUCAGCUACGGGGUGGGCUUCUUCCUCUUCAUCCUGCUGGUGGCAGCCGUAACGCUGUGCCGCCUGCGCAGCCCUCCCAAGAAGGGCCUGGGCUCCCCCACUGUGCACACGGUCUCCCGCUUCCCGCUCAAGCGACAGGUGUCCUUGGAGUCCAACUCGUCCAUGAACUCCAACACACCGCUGGUCCGCAUUGCCCGGCUGUCCUCGGGAGAAGGUCCCACGCUGGCUAAUGUUUCUGAGCUUGAGUUACCUGCCGACCCCAAAUGGGAGCUGUCCCGGGCCCGACUGACCUUGGGCAAGCCUCUUGGAGAGGGCUGCUUUGGCCAGGUGGUCAUGGCAGAGGCCAUUGGCAUCGACAAGGACCGUGCUGCCAGACCUGUCACAGUGGCGGUGAAAAUGCUGAAAGACGAUGCCACUGACAAGGACCUGUCGGACCUGGUGUCGGAGAUGGAGAUGAUGAAGAUGAUUGGGAGGCACAAGAACAUCAUCAACCUGCUGGGGGCCUGCACGCAGGGCGGGCCUCUGUACGUGCUGGUGGAGUACGCGGCCAAGGGCAACCUGAGGGAGUACCUUCGGGCGCGGAGGCCGCCGGGCAUGGACUACUCGUUCCACACCUGCAGGCUGCCUGAGGAACAGCUCACCUUCAAGGACCUGGUGUCAUGUGCCUACCAGGUGGCGCGGGGCAUGGAGUAUCUGGCAUCCCAGAAGUGCAUCCACAGGGACCUGGCUGCCCGCAACGUGCUGGUGACUGAGGACAAUGUGAUGAAGAUAGCCGACUUUGGCCUGGCCCGUGAUGUGCACAACCUCGACUACUAUAAGAAGACCACCAACGGCCGGCUGCCGGUGAAGUGGAUGGCCCCCGAGGCCCUGUUUGAUCGGGUCUACACCCACCAGAGUGAUGUCUGGUCCUUUGGGGUCCUGCUCUGGGAGAUCUUCACCCUGGGGGGCUCGCCAUACCCCGGCAUACCCGUGGAGGAGCUUUUCAAGCUGCUGAAGGAGGGCCACCGCAUGGACAGGCCAGCCAACUGCACACACGACCUGUACAUGAUCAUGCGUGAGUGCUGGCACGCAGUGCCCUCCCAGAGGCCUACCUUCAAACAACUGGUUGAAGACCUGGACCGCAUCCUCACCGUGACGUCCACUGAUGAGUACCUGGACUUGUCAGUGCCCUUUGAGCAGUACUCACCAGGUGGCCAAGACACCCCCAGUUCCAGCUCCUCAGGGGACGACUCUGUGUUUACCCAUGACCUGCUGCCCCCGGCCCCACCCAGCAAUGUGGGCCCUCGGACGUGA